AUGAGCCAGCUGUGUCUACCCAGCUUUACACGGUCCCAGUGUGCUCUUCCUCGACCAACCAUGGCGUCCUUUCUCACCAUCCUGGCUGUUAUUUCGAUUGCCAACGCAGCAGCUCUAACAGCCAAUUACCCCAUAAACGCGCAGCUGCCACCAGUUGCGCGCGUCUCAGAGCCUUUCCGAUUCUCCUUUGAUCAAAGCACAUUUUCCAACAGUGACAAUGAAACCGAAUACUCACUAUCGGAUGCGCCAUCGUGGCUUAAAGUCAACAGCAGUACUCGCACUCUGUCAGGGACUCCUCGCGAAGACGACAGUGGUGCACCAAAGUUCAAACUCGAGGCGUCCAACGGAUCAGAAAAAGAUAGCAUGGAAGUUACUUUGAUUGUGACUGCAGACCAGGGACCUACGGUACAUAAACCGCUCGUUUCUCAGUUGCAGUCAAUGGGACCGGUUUCGUAUCCUUCGACGCUGUUCGUUCAUCCAGGUCAGCCAUUUUCUAUCGAGUUCGACCCCGAUACUUUUGAAAACACCCAUCCUUCCACGAUUUACUACGGAACCUCGCCAAACAAUACCCCGCUACCUUCCUGGAUUGGGUUCGAUCCGGCAGCGCUGAAAUUCUCUGGAACUACCCCUCCUUUUGGUGGCUCGGGAUCCCAGACAUUCACUUUCCAGCUUGUGGCAUCUGAUGUAUCUGGGUAUAGCGCUGCCAACAUGACUUUCCAACUGACUAUCGGUCCCCAUAUUCUGGCGUUCAACGAGACCGUGCAAUCUUUGAAUCUUACUAGAGGGGACAAGUUCAGUAGUCCCAGCUUCAGCAGCCUACUGUCCACAGAUGGGUCGCCCACUUCAAGCAAGGAUUUGGAAAAAGUGGAGGCAGACCUGCCGAGUUGGCUGAAGCUUGAUAAGGGGAACAUCUCGCUCAGUGGAACUCCUCCUAACGACGCCGUGAAUGAGAACAUCACCAUUGCUGUGUCCAACUCCUAUGGAAACGAAGCAAAGCUUAUGGUUCGUCUGGAAUUCAUGAAGUUAUUCCUCAACACCGUUGAUGGCUGCGAGGCUGCUAUUGGCAAGGAAUUCAAAUUCAUCUUCAACCAGACCAUUGUGACCGAUGACUCUGUGCAACUCGAUGUUGAUUUGGAUAGCGAGCUUUCUUGGCUUACAUACUUCCCUGAGAACAAGACGCUGUACGGACGUGUUCCAGACGAUAUGCACCCUAAGAAAUUCACACUCCCCCUCACUGCGCACCAAGGGUCAACCACGGACACAAGGGACUUCAUUCUUGACGUUCUGAAAGCUUCGGACACACAUGAAAAUCCCACAGAUCCUUUCACUCACGACGAGUCGAGCUCCAGCCCUAACCAUAAAAAGGCUGGCAUCAUCGCAAUCUCCGUCGUGCUACCGGUCGUGGUGAUUUUCAGUGCUCUCAUUCUGUUCUGCUGCUGGCGUCGUCGGAAGAACCCCCCAGUAGCUGAAGAGGAAUCUUCGAAUAUGAAGCCUGCUCCCCCGCGCCCCAUCAGGCCAGAUACUAUGCCCAACUGUGGGCCAGAAAUGAGCGAAAGGAAUUCUCGAGAUGAUGAGUCGGAAGACUGGAGAAGUCCAAUUUCCCCUACAUCAGAUCUUCCCAAGCUUGAACUUGGACCAGCAUGGAACGUUUCACCUUUCGAUAAACAGGAGCACCCUGUCACUUUCGAUAUGCCCGAGCCUGUCAUCCCCCCUCGCUCCCCUGCUCGCCAAUCUCCCACUCGAAGUGGUUUCGUUCCAUUCCGGGAUACUGUGAUUGAAGAAGAUAAGCCUGUUGAAACCACACCAUCCAAGAGAAUGAGCAAUCGUCUAUCAUCCACAACUAGCCCUAUGUGCCGACGCACCACCAACCGAUCACGACGAGAGCCAUUGAAAACCAUCCAGCCGCGCGCAAUGAAGCGCGAGUCCGUGCAGUCCUCCAAAUCAAAACGCUACUCCAAGCGCUCGAGCGGCAUCUCCUCUAUCGCUUCUGGCCUCCCGGUGCGAUUCAGUGGCGCAGGUCACGGCGCCGGUGGAUUCGGUCCCCCCGGUCACGGCAUCGUGCAGACAUCAUGGCAAAACCCACGACAAUCGUUGAUGAGCGACGAAUCCAGUCUCACCAACAUGGCACCAAUGUUCCCCCGGCCCCCAGCAGCAGCACGGAUGCGCCACAGCAUGGCCUACAGCAUGGCAUCCAGCAUCCCAGAUAACUACAAACGCAUGACACUACGAACAGUCGAGCCCGACGAAUCUACAAUCUCGGAAGCCGACUCCCUGGAGGCCUUUGUGCACAGCCGUGCCAAACACCGCAACUCUGCAAACCCUCUCUUCUCCGCCCAAAUCAGCCGCCGCACCUCCUCCGCCCUCCGCCCUCUCAACCGCAACCAAAGUACCCGCAGUCGUGCCGACACGGUUUCCGGCUCGACCUUCAGUGACGAAUACCGCCGAUCCAUCCACGAUCGUCCAAUGUCAAAUGCUUUCUCGGUCUCUGAAUACGGCGACGAUAACAACCGCUUCUCCCACUAUCAAAAUAUGCAGCCCCCUGGACUCUUCCCCCUGACCGAGAACAGUGUCAAUGGCGCGAGUCAAUUGAGCCUGGCACAGGAAUACCGCGGUGCCAUCUCCCCGAUCCCCCGCUUCUGGAGCGAGAACAGUCUGGCCAGUGCCCCACAGCUGGAAUCACGAACUAAGUUUAAUGAUGAAAACGCGGUGCCGCAGAGCUCGUCUAUGAUCUCGGACUUGGAUGAACAUCUGAACCGCAAGGCCGCUCCCUCGACCAAACCCAAUCACCAGUGGCGAUUCUCGCCUCUUGAGCCUCCACCACCCGUGAAGAGUUCCAGCAAUCGGGGUCUUCCUAUAGCGAGCAGUGGAGAGCUAGCAUUUGUUUAG